AUGGUGUUAGUGGUGGCAAUCCGCGCCUGUGUUAUCCUGGCCCUGGCCACCUGCGCCUUUGCCGUCUAUUCUGGUUAUCCCUAUGGCUACUCUGGCGCUCUUCCUGCCGCCUAUGGUGGAUAUCAAGCACCACUCGCUUCUCUGUCUUCACACGGCUAUGGACUUGGUCAUGGUUUAUCAUCCUAUGGCUAUGGACUCGGAAGCUACGGCAUCCGCGCCUGUGUCCUCCUCGCUCUGGCCACUUGCGCCUUUGCCGGCUACGCUGGCUACCCAUUCGGCUACUCUGUAGCAGCUCCAACGUACGCUGCCUACCACGCACCACUCGCUUCCGUGUCAACCGUGCAUCACGCUCCAGGCUUUGGCUAUGGCCUUGGCUACGGGCUUCCUGCCUACGGCUAUGGACUCGGCAGCUACGGGCUGAGCUACGGAUACGGACUCGGCGGCCUGGGCUACAGCACUUUCCUUCGCAAGAAAUGUAUUUCAACUUAUUUCGCCAUUGAGACGUGUAACUACUCCGAUACUCCACCUCAACGAAAACUGGACAACAGAAAACUGGCUGUAGACCCAAGUAGCAACAGGGAGGUGUGA